AUGAACCUAAAUAAUUCAAGCCUUGUCGGCAACGACACAUCAGGACUGCCCGACUUGCAUCUGCCACCACAUAAUCCAGUAGCGCUUAUUUUUAUAUGUGUUGGAGCAGCAGCGGGUAUUGUGUUUACAGCCGGUGGCAAUGUAUUAGUAUUAGAAUCAUUUCGGAUAGAAAGACGACUUCAUAAGCCUAGCAACUACUUCCUUUUCAGCCUCGCCUGCGCUGAUCUCAUGAUAGGUCUUGUUUCAAUGCCUCUGUAUUCGGUCUAUGUGACAGUUGGAUAUUGGCCUCUCGGAAACCUCGUGUGUGAUUUAUGGUUAGCACUGGACUAUGCUUGUUGUACUGUGUCCGUGAUGAACCUUCUUCUCAUCAGUUCAGACAGACUGUGGUCCGUCAGUAGACCUGCAUCGUACAGGAAUAAGAUGACUCUGAGGCGGGCCACUCUAAUGAUAAUACCAACGUGGAUCAUACCAUUUGUUGGGUUUUUUACCGCAGUCAUUGGGUGGCCGUAUUUCUCUGGCAUUACACGUCCAGCCGAAAUAUGCCAAGUUCCAUAUAUGGAUGAUGCCAUAUUCAUGACUGUGUCUACUGUCGUAGUAUACUGGCUUCCUUUAUUAGUGCUUAUUCUCAUAUAUCUACAAAUAUUUCGAAUCAUCCAACAAUUGGCAGCGAGGAAACGAAGUGCAAAGUCUAAGCAGCAGUCAUGCAUCGUAAGAGUAGACAACCUGAAACCGCAUCCAGCAAGCUCCUCGUCUUCGGGUGUAAAGGCAUCAAACAGUAGUUCUUACGACAUGGCAGAAGAUCGACCGCAUAGAUCGGACAGCGCAUCAUGCUCAUCAAAAACCAAGUUCCUCUCCCCUUCAAAUACAAGCAAUGACCUGUCGAUGCGCAAGGGACUUACGGAAGCAGAAAGCUUUGAAAUGGAACCGAGUGAGGACACAUCUUCGUCGGGAAGAAGAACAAAUCUUGAGCCAUCGACACAUAUGGCGUAUGAGACAUCGACACAAAUUGCGUACAACGAAAAUCACAAUGAGAUGGAUAAAGAACAGCACAGACUUACUGAUUCCAAUUCCAAACGGGGCAGGAAAUAUCGCUGGACAAACCGGCACAAGUCAAGUAAAUCGCGGCAAGACAAGACGGAGCGUGCUGACAAAAAAGCCAUGAAAACAUUAACUCUAAUCCUUGGUGCUUUCUUUGUCACAUGGAGUCCUUAUAGCACAUUUUUUAUCAUUAUGGGAUGGUGUGCGAAAUGCAUCGACCCCGGAUUAUAUUCAUUCAGCUAUUGGCUAUGCUAUAUGAACAGUACACUCAACCCUUUGUGUUAUGCGUUUGCUAAUGAACUAUUCAGAGUUACAUUCAUAAAAAUAUUAACGUGUAAUCGCUGCCGUAAUUGA